GUCUAGAGGAAGGGCAUAGUGUGCAUGCAGUAAGUAAAAGCCGCCAGAGGGGGCAGCAAAGUCUUGUCCUGCGUUGAGUGAAGAAGAAGAAGAAGAAGAACCCAGAAGUGAGCAAGACUCCGCUCAGUUCAUCGCCAUCUCCGCUUCAAAGUAACUUUUAAUUGUCGUGUUUCUUCUUUUCUCACUUAGUGGGACAUCUCUUCCAGCUGCUGCUCAUGGCCAGUGGACAGGAGCCACAGCCCCCUGGAGUUAAAGAGGAGGAGGAGGAGGAGCCACACACCAGUCAGUGGGGUCAAGGCCUGCAGGUCGAUGCCGAUAUCAGCACUUUCCCUUUCACUAUCGUGCUGGUCAAGUGUGAGGAUGAGGACGACGCUCCGCCCUCACAUCUUCAUCACCGUCCAAGUGAAGGCAACAGGGGGGCGGAGCCUCUCAGUGGUCAGGUGACAACACCAGCAUCUUUAGGGGCGGAGCCUAUAAGUGGAGAGGUGGCAACAGAAUCAUCUUUAUGGGCGGAGCCUGUAAGUGGUCAGGUGACAACACCAGCAUCUUUAGGGGCGGAGCCUGUGAGUGGUGAGGUGAGAAGAGAGGGACAAAUGUCCUCUGAGAGCAAGGACUGUCACUUCCAGCCAGGUGAGAAGAAGCUGAGCUGCUCGGAAUGUGCCGGGUGCUUUGGCGACAAGAGCAUCCUGAAGCGCCACAUGAAGUGCCACACGGGGGAGAAACCUUUCCCCUGCUCCGUUUGCAGCAAGCGCUUCAGCCGCAGGGACUGCUUGCUCUCCCACAUGAGGUGCCACACCCCGGAGAAACCUUUCAACUGCUCCGUGUGCGGCCAGAUGUUCCGUCACCGGCAGAACCUGCUGUCUCACCUCAGAUGUCACAUUGGGGAGAAACCUUUCGGCUGCACACUGUGCGGAGGCGCCUUCUCCACCAAAGCACAUUUGAAGAGGCACGCCAGGACGCACACCGGGGAGAAACCUUAUCUCUGCUCUGUGUGCAACAAGAGGUUCUCCGCCAAGGGGAACGUCCUGCUGCACAUGAGGACUCACACGGGUGAGAAGCCUUUUUCCUGCACCGUUUGCGGCGGAACAUUUUCUACCAAGACACAUUUGACCAGACACACCAGGACGCACACCGGGGAGAAACCUUUCGCUUGCUCGGUCUGCGGCCAAAGGUUCUCGCUGAAGGAAAACAUGACGACACACCUGAAAAAGCACGGCAGGGAGCCUCGCGUCUCUUGCCCGGCCUGCCCACAAACCUUCUCCGACAAGAAAGAAAUGUCGGCGCACAGAAGGCGGCACGCGGCGGAGAAAGCCUUCGCCUGCUCGCUGUGCGCCAAGAGCUUCUCCAGCAAGGGCAACAUGACGGCGCACCUCAGAGCGCACAGCGGGGAGAAACCUUUCACCUGCUCGCUGUGCCACAAACGCUUCUCCGUAAAGGGGGACAUGAUGAGACACCAGAGAACGCACACUGGGGAGAAACCCUUCGGGUGCGCCGCCUGCCAAAAGCGAUUCACUCGGAAGUGCCACGUCAGCAAACACAGGUGCGCUGCUGGACAAACAUGAUCUUUGAUAUUGGGAUUUUAUUGAUGCCCUUAAAGUGUCCAGUUGGGCAUUUUCAUGUAUUCACACCGAGUACAGAAGUACUUCUGUGUGUACUUACUCAUGUCCUGUACUACGUGUCUACUACUACAUGGUGCACAGACAGGAAAACAGUGUUCACUCGGCUUAAUGGCAUACUUGCCAACCACCCCGAAUUUUCCGGGAGACUCCCGAAAUUCAGCGCCUCUCCCGAAAACUUCCCGGGACAAAUAUUCUCCCGAAAAUCUUUCGAUUUUCAGCCGGAGCUGGAGGAGGCGUGGCCUCCAGCAUGCGGACCUGAGUGAGGACAGCCUUUUUUCACGACGGGAGGACAACAGGGUGACAAGAACUAAAUCAUCCAGACUAGAGAUAAAUUGUAUUAUUAUGUUUAUCUUACCUAAAAAUACAUAUAUUUAUUAAUUAAAAUUAAAAAAAAACUAAAUCAAUUUUUACUAUAUUUUGCUAAAAACAUCCAAAUUAAUUGUAUUUUUAUUUGUAUUUUUUCUGACCCCUUAUUACA